GCUCGCCGCUUCCGGCGGGUAGCACGCCCUUUCCGCCCGGGCGCGGCAUGUGGCGGCACGGGCAGGCAGCGCUCGCGGGGCGCGGCGCGCGGAGGCGCCUGUCCCGGUAACGGGGCGUGUGCUGCCGCCACCGCACAGGCGCGGGGCCGUGACCAUGCUGGGAGGGGACGAGUUCAUCAGCUCACCGCCCAGGAAGACGGUGCGGUUCGGGGGGACGCUGACUGAUAUCUUAAUGAAGUACGAGAAGGGUGAGACCACGGAUUUUGAGUUGUUGAAGCAUCAGCUGUCAGAUCCAGACAUCAAGGAUGCCCAGAUCAUUAAUUGGCUGCAUGAAUUUCGAGCUUCUGUUGUAUAUUUGACCAAAGAGCGUGAACAACUGGUCAACAUUUUGCUGAAGCUCCCAUGGUUGAGAAGAAGCCAAGAGGUAGUGGAAGAAUAUCUGGGUUUUCUUGGCAAUCUGGUGUCAGCACAGACUGUCCAUCUUCGGCCUUGCCUCCGGAUGAUUGUAUCGCAGUUUGUCCCUGCUCGAAUAACCAUCAGAGAAGAUGAUGUGGAUAUUUCAGAUUCUGAUGAUGAUGAUGAAAACCUUUCUGAAAACUUUAAUACCUGCCAUAGAGCGUUGCAAACUGUUGCAAGAUACGUUCCUUCGACACCACAAUUUCUCAUGCCAAUACUUGUGGAAAACUUUCCUUUCUUUAAUAAAUCAGAAAGAACUCUGGAAUGCUACGUUCAUAACCUGCUGCGAGUUACGGUGUAUCUUCCAACCCUGAGGCUUCAAAUUCUGGAGCUUAUUAUUGAAAAGCUGUUAAAGUUGGAUGUUAGUACUCCACAGCAAGAUAUUGAAGACGCUGAAGAAAAUGCUAAUAACUCUGAUAGUGAGGAGAAAUCUACAGAGGAGGGCCUUUUUGACAUGGAGGAAGAUGAAGAAAGAAAAGGAAACAAAGUUGUCUCUUCCAGUAGUGAGAGAAUGGCCCAUCCGCUUGCAGAGCGCCUUGAUAUUUUGAUGACCAUCCUGUUUUCCUAUAUUAAAGAUGUUUGCCAUGUGAACGGCAAGCUCGACAUCAGCAACACAAAGGAUUUGUAUCGGGAUCUGGUUUGUGUUUUUGACAAGCUCAUUUUACCAACCCAUGCUUCAUGUCAUGUACAAUAUUUCAUGUUUUACCUCUGUAGCUUCAAAUUGGGGUUGGCUGAGGCAUUUCUAGACCAUCUUUGGAAAAAACUGCAUGAUCCAAACAAUGCUUCAGUGAUCAGGCAGACUGCUGGGAGUUAUAUUGGCAGCUUCUUGGCAAGAGCUAAAUUUAUUCCAGUUGUUACAGUAAAAGCUUGCUUGGAUCUUCUGGUGAACUGGAUGCAUAAGUACAUUGAUAAUCAGGAUAAAGGGGCUAAUGCUUACUGUGAUGUAGCUCUGCAUGGGCCAUUUUAUUCCACAUGUCAGGCGGUGUUCUAUACACUUAUUUUCCGUCAUAAGCAAAUUUUGGAUGGAAACUUAAGGAAGGGUCUGUCCUAUCUGCAGAGUUUAAAUUUUGAGCGCAUUGUCAUGUGUCAGCUAAACCCCCUGAAGAUUUGUAUACCCUCUGUUGUGAACUUGUUUGCUGCCAUUACCAGGAAAUACCAGUUGGUGUUCUGCUACACAAUUAUUGAGCGGAACAAUCGGCAGUUCAUACCAGUUGUUCGGAGUGGCAGUGGGGGUGACCUUGUGCAGACAUGCACCAACCCACUCGACAGUUUCUUCCCCUUUGAUCCCUACAUACUCAAAAGAUCAAAGAAGACCAUUGAGCCUUUUUAUCAGUUUUGGGAAGAGCUGAGUGCUGAAGAUCUUGAGAACCUGAAGAAACCCAUUAAAAAGGGUACUUCUGAAGAUGAAGAUGAUGACUUUUUGAAAGGAGAAACCCCUCAAAAUGAUGGUGUGGUUGGAAUUGCUCCAAAUUCUUAUGAGUCAAAUACCCGGAGCGCUCUGAGCAGCAUUGACUCCCCUCCAGACUGUUAUGUGCCGUACCUUCAAUGACGUGGAGAAGUGAAAAGGUUGAAAAUUGUGUGCAAUGUUUUGCUCUGGAAAGAGACUUUAGUUCAACUUUGCAAACUGGCAAAUGCUUAAGUAACUACAUUUAAGAAAAAUUACUGUUUCUUAAUCAUAUUUCUACAGAUAUGUUAUGAUAAAGUCAUAUGUUGCUAGAAAAGCUUAGAGAAUAAAUAGGGUGAUAUUUUACAAAUUUCACAUUGAAAUGGCUUUUAUGACUUAAGAAUUUUUUUAUAGUUUUCCUGACUUAAAAACUUUGUUUACUAAUGUUUCUCUAUGAGGUUUUGUAUAUCAGGGUGAAUAUCUGGUCUGUCUUCCUGCUGAUCUGUGUGGGGACCAGAAUUCCAUUGUCAGUAUUCAAACUCUGCUCUUUUGGCUGGUUUUGAGCUGGUUUCAAAGUAAUGGUAUGAUCCCACGACAGAGAGCCAUGGAUCAAGUCUGACAGUGAUUCUUUUGCACACAUUUCUUAAGCUUGUCCUAUCUGUAGAACAGUAUUUGGUAAAGGCACUUGGUGGACAGUGGUGGACAGUGUAUUCAGAUGAAUAGUAAUAAUAAUCUGUAGCUGACACACAAUUUUCCCAACUGUUGAAGUUCAGACUUGUGAAAGUGAGGAUUGUUGAAAGUGUUGAAAAUGGUGGAGUAGCUGAGUGUAUGAUUUGUAGAUAGUUUUCUUCAGGGUGCUUAUGAAGCCCUUGGAGACAGGUAUUUAUUUCCAGGAUUUGAAGUUGAUAUGUGAGUGCUGAAAAUACAAAAAAAGAAAUCUUUCCUUGUAGAAAGGAAGUGAUGGUGUCACUGGUGUCCUUGUGUCGUCCGCAUGUCAGUGUAGUUUCUCUGCAGAGGUUCCUUGUCUUCUUUUGAUGGUUGUUGGCUUUCUGAGUAAGAAUAUAAAGAGUGAGGAAAAAAAUAAGUGUUAUUUGUGUAACAUUUAGGUUGAAAAUGUUCUGCGUUUGGGACUAAACUCUAAUUGCCCUUCUUCAGAAUCUGAAUUUGGAGGCUUUGAAGACAACAUUUUUAUUGAGAGCCAUGGAAUAUUGAUGCAAACAGCGCAAUUCUUACAGCUUUGAAAAAACAUCCGUGUGUAACUAAGGAUCUAUGUGUGUGCUUUGCUUCUCAAAGUGAGGAUGUUUGUUCUGACAGGCUGCAAAAUGAGUUCUGGGAAUGAUACUGCAAAAUGCAUUGGUUGAUCUGUUCAUUGCUGGAUAAAUAGAGGUGGUUUUUAUUUUUCAGUUGAGUCCUCUUUACUGUCAGUCCUAAGUAAUAAACAAUAGAUUUCCAUCUGAAAUAAUUGCAUUCUCUCCUGGCACAGAAGAGCCUUUUCUUAGCUCAGCAGCAAGGAAAACAUCCUUUGACAGCUGCUGCCUUCUCUUCUUUCACUGUUACAUCUUUAGCAACUUGGUCAGCCACUUAUUAUGAAAUGAGGCUGUGUAAAACUCUCCAAGUUGUAAUGCCAGGUGUGUGAUUCGGGAACUUCCAUGUCUCAAUAGUGAAAAAAGAAAGAUGUAGGGGACGUGAGGUACAACAAAGAAUGUGCAGACGUUGAACAGUCUGUGCUGAAGUUGCACAGUUAACAUUCGUGUACCAAAGGGUUCAGAACAAAGAUUCAGCUGGGAGCUGCACAGUGUUUCUGUAGCCUCUUCUGUGACAGAUAGUUUGUUUAGUGUAGUCGCAGACAGGUGAGCUGGCAGGAGCUGGCAUUCUGUUAAAGAGACUUUGUUCUGUAAAUACCACCUGUACUCGGAGUGCUGAUUGCGAGGUGGAAAUCUUGCCUUACCUGAGAAAUACAGCGUAUCUUUCAAAGAGA